CCUACUCUUCAAUUUUAUUUUCCUUCACUUUUCCUCUUCUUUUAACUCAAAGAACAAAAGCAUCUCUGUAGUGUGUUGUUUAACUCUGCAACAAAAAAAAAAAAAAACAGUUCUCUUGAAUUACUUUUGUUUGAUCCUUGUUAGCUACUUUUCCUUUCCUUAAUUUUUGUUUCCCGAUCUCCGGAGUCGGUGAGAUUCAUUUCAAUCAAGUUGUAGAUCCAUGGCGGAAGCAAUUCCAUACGGAGUGGUCAGUAGCAUCUUGUCCAAGUUGGUGUGGCUUGCUGGGCAAGAGCUAAUUGGCUUGACUUUCGGGUUGAAUAAGGAUCUGGAGAAGCUUCAAGAGACUCUCAGCACCAUAAACGCUGUCCUCCGUGAUGCUGAGGAGAAGCAGGAGAGCAACCAUGCCGUGAAAAACUGGAUAAGUCGGUUGGAAGAUGCUGUCUUUGAUGCAGAGGAUUUACUGGACGAAUUCGACUAUGCAAUCCUGCAACAGAAGGUGUGUCAGCAGGGACAGGUACGUAAGUUCUUUUCAUCCUCGAACCCUGUAGCAUUUCAUCUUAAAAUGGGUCCCAGAGUUAAGGAGAUUAGAGAGAGGCUGGACGUUGUUGCAGCAGAUAUUUCUAAGUUUAACUUGAAUCCGAGAGUUGUAGUAAUGGAUAAGAAAGCUGACAAUAACAGGGAGAGCGCUCCAAAGGUGAGAAUGGAAUUAAUAAUAGGGAGGGAGAAAGAUAAGGAGAGCAUUAUUGAAUCAUUGUUGAAGGAGCAAAAUCAUGGUGACAGCAACUCCAAUAUUGUUGCCAUUGUUGGCUUUGGAGGUUUAGGGAAGACCUCGCUUGCCCGGGUUGUGUAUAACGAUGUAAGAGUAGCAAACUCCUUCAAACGGAUAUGGGUGUGUGUUUCUGAAGAAUUUAAUGUCUGUAUAAUUUUUAAGAAAAUCUUGAAAUCUCUAGUAGAUGACAAAGUGGAUGACUUGGAUCUAGAUAAAGUGCAAAGAAAACUUGAAGAAAAUUUAGAGGGGAAGAAAUAUUUAGUUGUGUUGGAUGAUGUAUGGAACGAAGACACUUCAAAGUGGAAUGAUUUUUCACAGUAUCUGGUGUUUGGUGCUCCUGGAAGCAAAAUUCUCGUGACAGCUCGUAGUAUGAAAGUUGCAUCAAGUAUGGGGGUCCAUGAUCCUUACCUUUUAAAAGGUCUUAAUGAGGAAGAAUCUCAGAAUUUGUUUGAGAAAGUGGCAUUUGAAGGACGUCAAAUCGAUCCAAAGCUUGGACUAAUUGGAAAGGUUGUUGCACAAAAAUGCAAAGGAGUUCCUCUCGCUAUCAAAUGUUUAGGAGGUUUGAUGAGACAGAAACCUGAUGAAAACUACUGGUCAUCUGUCCAAGAAGAUGAAAUUUGGAAGUUAGUUAAAGAAAAUGAUGGUCUUUUGCCGGCAUUAAGAUUGAGUUACACUCACUUACCAAGUCAUUUAAAACGAUGCUUCACUUUUUGUUCGCUUUUCUCAAAAGACUCUGAGAUAUAUAAAGAUGAGUUGAUCCAUUCAUGGCGAGCGCAAGGUUACAUUCAAUUACGGGAGGGAAAUGAGAAUAUACAAGACAUUGGUGAUGAAUACUUUAAUGAAUUGUUGUCAAGAUCAUUUUUUCAAGAGGAGGAGAAAGAUGAUGAUGGGAAUAUUUUUUGUAAAAUGCAUGAUCUUAUCCAUGAUCUUGCAUUAUCAGUUGCAGGUUGUCGUUUUCAUUGGAUGAAAGAUGAAAAAGAAAGCAUUCCAAAAGGAAUCCGUCAUGUGUCACUAGAAAAAAAUUCCAAAGAGGUUGCUUUCACUUUGUCGAAAACUAAGGGGAUAAGGACUAUGUUUUUUCGAACACACAUUUCCAAUGAUUUAUUCAUUCGAAAUGCAACUUUUUUGAAGUUCAAUUGUUUACGUAUGUUGAAUUUGAGUGGGAUGGGCAUUAGGAUUUUACCAAAUUUAAUUGGCGAAUUGAAGCACUUGAGAUACCUUGACCUUUCUUGUAAUUUUGACAUGGAAGUGCUCCCAGAUGCAAUAGCCAAAUUGCAUAAUUUGCAAACUCUAUUGCUCAAUGAUUGCCAGAAUCUUAAAGAGUUACCAAGAGAUAUCCGACAAUUGAUUAGUUUGGAAUAUCUUAAUAUCAGUCGUUGCGGUGGACUAAAUUGCUUGCCAAAAGGGUUAGGGGAAUUGACUUCGCUCCAAGGAUUGGAUAGAUUUAUUGUGAAUAGUGUUGAAGAUAAUUUCUCAAUUGCAGCGACGUUGAACGAGUUGAGGGACCUAAAUGGCCUUGGAAAGUGCUUAAGAAUUGAACACUUGGACAAUGUGAGGAAUGUGGAAUUAGAAUCUCAGGAGGCGAAUUUAAAGAAAAAGAAACGGCUUCAGUCUUUGCAAUUAUACUGGAAACCUUUCUUCUGGUCAAGUCCUUCCUCUCCAGCAAGAGUGGCAAGUGAAAAGGAUGAGUUGCUGUUAAAUAUUCUCGAGCCACACCCGAAUUUGAAAGAGCUGAAGGUAUUCGAUUUUGGAGGAGCAAGGUUUUCGAGUUGGCUAUCUUCAUUGACUAAUUUAGUCGAACUUGAAAUAUACAAUUUUUGGAAUUGCCAACAUCUGCCACCCUUGGAUCAUCUUUCAUCUCUCAAGUCUCUUUCUCUCAACUUUUCCAAUGUUUUAAAAAACCUGCCACCCUUGGAUCAUCUUUCAUCUCUUGAGUUUCUUACUCUUGAGAGGUUCAAUGUUUUAGAACACGUGGCAGAUUCUUUUCCCUUGCCUUGUUCCACGCAAAGAACAUCAUUCUUCCCAUCGCUUAAGAAACUUGAGAUCAAACACUGCCCCAAUCUCAAAGGAUGGUGGAGGACUAGGAAAGAGAACCAAGGACCAACCGCUGAUCUGCCUUGCUUUCCUUGCCUUUCCGAGUUAGAAAUCUCGAACUCCCCAAACUUAACCUCCAUGCCAUUGUUUCCAUCUCUUGACCAAAAAUUGACUUUGAUUGAUACUAGUGUAAGGCCUUUGCAACAAACAUUGAAGUUGAAAAUGAAAAUGACCGAGGCUAGCGUGACAUCAGAAGCAUCAUCAUCAUCAUCAUCAUCAUCACUGCCAUCGUCAUCGUCAUCGUCACCGUCAGGGAGCCCUUCUCAUUCUUACCCUUCAACAAGCCUUCCUCUCUCGAAUUUGAAGGGUUUGACUCUUAAGAAAAUUCAUGAUCUAAAAGUUCUGUCAAAAGAGUUUCUACAAAAUCUCACUUCUCUUGCACACUUGACAUUGAAAGACUGCCCCAAAUUGCAAUCGCUGCUGUUGCAAAAGAUGAGCUGCCUCACCUCUUUACAAGAAUUGUGGAUUAAAAAUUGUCCUAAUCUGAGGGCUUUACCGGAGUGGAUACUCAAUCUCACUUCCCUUAGAACACUUCAAAUUCAAAAGUGUCUUGAAUUACAGUACAUGCCAGAAGGGACGCAUCGACUUAUAUCUUUACAAGAAUUAUAUGUUGUGUACUGCCAUAAUUUGAGAGCUUUGCCAGACUGGAUACCCAAUCUCACUUCCCUCAAAGAACUUUGCAUUUGCGAGUGCCUUGAAUUACCCUACUUGCAAGAAGGGAUGCAUCACCUUAACUCUUUCCAACAAUUGUGGAUUUACAAUUGCCCUAAUCCGAAUUCUCCAGAUUGGAUACGCAAUUUCAGUUUUCCCAAAACACUUCUAAUUCAGGGGUGCCCUGAUUUGCAUUCAUUAAGAGUAAAGGUGCAUCGCCUUGUCUCUUUACAAGAAUUGAAUAUUCAAAAUUGCCUUAAUCUGAGGGAUUUGCUGAACUGCAUAUCUAAUAUCGCUUCUCUUAAAAGACUUAAGAUUUGUAAGUGCCCUGAAUUACAAGACUUGCCAGAAGGGAUGGAUGGCCUUACCUCUUUGCAAGUAUUGUCUAUUAGUGAAUGUCCCCAGUUGUCGGAAAGAUGUGAAAAGGAGACUGGAAUCCUGUGGCCUCGCAUUGCUCGCAUCCCUUCUAUUAUAAUUGAUGGGCGACAGAUUCAAUGAUGAUCAUACAAUAUAGAAGCAAAACAGAAAUUAAAUGGAAAUGGAUUGCAAGGCAGAUUGCUUCUAUCACAGAGAUUCUAAAUAAUUGAAUCACUGGUGAAAUAAGCUGAGAUGUGAGAGUGAGUAUCCAUGAAAAUUUACAGCUGCAAGUUUGUUAGAGUGCCUACAUCCAGUCAAGACUCCGGAGCUGAAAGCUAGUAAUAAUAUAAACCAAUGUGAAAGUCUGCUUGUACAUUUCAUGCCGUAUUUGUUGUGAUGCGGAGAUAAUGCUAUAGGAUGAUUUCAUCUUGCUAAUUUCCUUCCAGAGCAGACAGUUGUUGAAUUGAAACCAAGAGCAAUUUCUAUUGGGAUUAUGGACUUUUUCUGAUAGUUUGAGAGAGUACAUACGGAUUUCAACUUGCCAAUGGCAUUGUGAAGUACAGUACUAGAAUCGAUGGAUCGGAAGCUUUACUCUCAAUAGCAUCAUCACUAUGUUAUAGUUUGAUGGCAAUUUUAUAUAACGAUGACUGCACAACGUGCAACUUUUUCACCUUUUCUUCCUAAGAAGUGAGCCUUUGGUCUAGCGAUCUUGAAUUCAAGAAAAAGAAGAGACGCCAGUGACUUGCCCGCCAACUCCCUUCUGGCCAUUUUUGAAAUGCAGUUACUUGUGAAUGGAGUUCAGCAACAUUAGCUAAGUAGUGGCUUGAGUGAUUGGGAGAAGUGCCAGGAGAGCUAAGCUAGCUGGUUGGAAAACACCUUCACUUCUUUCAAAAAUCAAUGUCAAUGGUUCCAUCUUGGCAAUUCUUGGAGGUCUUUGAGCAGUGGCUUCAAUUCUAGUCUUUAGGCCUUUACUUAAUUAACCCAGACUGUUAAGAGGACCUAAAUACAAAGGUUCUUUCCCAAUGUACAUGUGGAGAAGACUUUUGGGAUAGUAUUCUAGGAUUUACAAUUCGCUAAAUUUGGGUGCUUCAGCUACUGUAACCUUCUGCAUCAUAGUAAAAUCUCUUUCACCCUUC